CAAAAAAUUAUUUUGACACCCGCUUACUGCGAAUAUCAUAAAAAAAUGUCGACAAUUAACAACACUGAUCAAGAGACAUACUUACGAAAACUUCACUCCAUAUCGGCUUUGUGGCUGUCCAGAACCUUAUACACCCAGGAAAAUGCAAAACAUGGAUCAUGAUCACGGAUAUGCAUCAUUUGCAUUGCAACCGAGUACCGAAAUGAUGGAACUACGUCCUAUCUAAUGGUUUUUUCUGCUCUGACGUCAGUUUCAUCGGUCGUGCCCGCUACUCCUAUUAUUCUUGCUUCGACAUUGUUGGCUGUCUCAUCGUCACCACCACCUAUAUUUGUUUCGUCAGAUAUGUUGACCGUUCCAUCGUCACCGCCACCCAUCCGUGAUGUUUGCGGUACAUUUCUUUUGGGUGGAUCUAUGUCCGGUUCGUCAGCCAAGCCGGGACAGCGAUCCUCUUCCGGACCGUCAUUGUUGACCGUCCCAUCGUCACCACCACCCAUCUGUGAUGUUUCCGGAUCUAUGCCCAGUUCGUCAGCCAUGCCGGGACAGCGAUCCUCUUCCGGACCGUCAUCCUCGCCCAGUCUGCCGUCUUUACCUGGUUCAUCUUCAUCAACCGGCGCGCAUAAUAAUUCACUUGAUAAAAAAGUGGACAUUCUUAUUAAACUAUCGAAGCAGACUGCGGCUGAGCCAUCACUGCCAUUGAAACAGAAGAAGAGUUAG